AUGUUUUUAUAUAUUAAAUGUUUUUGUAUAUCGCCUGAACAAUGGUUAUUAUUGUUAUAUGGUGAUACACCACAUGAUUUAUCCAUGCAAAUAAUUAUCGAUAAUUUAUCAACACCAGAUUUAUUUUCUCAAGCAAUUAAACAAUUUGCAAAUGUUUUACGACAUGCUGAAGCUUCAUCUCGACAUUUAUUAGAUUUAGAAAGGGAUUUUAAACGUUUAUCAAAAAUUGCUAAUGAUAGUCAAGAAUAUUAUUUGAAUCUGUCUAUAUUUACACAACUAUUACACUCUAUUAGAGUACUUUUAACAGCUUUAAUUAACUUUUAA